AUGGCGGACCGCUAUUCCUUCUCAUUGACUACCUUCUCUCCCAGUGGUAAACUGGUUCAGAUCGAGUACGCCCUCAAUGCCGUCAACCAAGGAGUUACGUCCCUGGGUAUCAAAGCAACAAAUGGCAUCGUCUUAGCCACCGAGAAGAAAUUCUCGUCUCCCCUCAUCGACUCCGAAUCCUCCUCCAAAGUCAGCCUCAUCACCCCGAACAUCGGUAUGGUCUACUCUGGCAUGGGUCCGGACUACAGGAUAUUAGUCGACAAGGCCCGCAAGGUCUCCCAUACCGGAUACAAGCGCAUCUACAAUGAAUACCCUCCGACGCGGAUAUUAGUGCAGGACGUUGCGCGCGUCAUGCAAGAGGCGACCCAAUCUGGCGGUGUCCGACCUUACGGUGUGAGUUUGCUGGUCGCAGGAUGGGACGACGGUAUCGAACCGGAGCAGGAAGACGAUGGCGAGGCAGGCGAGACCGGUGAGGAGAAGAAGGCGAAGUCGGGCAAGACGGGUGGCAUCCUGAAAGGCGGGCCCAGUCUGUAUCAAGUCGAUCCAAGCGGCAGCUACUUCCCGUGGAAGGCAACGGCGAUCGGGAAGAGUGCCACGAGCGCGAAAACGUUCUUGGAGAAGCGAUACAAUGAGAGUCUGGAACUGGAGGACGCGAUUCACAUCGCGCUGUUGACGUUGAAGGAGACCAUCGAGGGCGAGAUGAACGGCGAUACCGUCGAGAUUGGUAUCGUUGGUCCACCCGAGGAGCGAUUACUCGGUUACGAAGGCGUUGCCGGUGCCACUGGGCCCCGAUUCCGCACCCUCACCUCUCAAGAAGUCGAAGACUACCUCACCAACCUGUAG